AUGCCACCACCGCGCGCCGCGGUCACCCACAGCGCAGCGCAGCUGCUACUCUCGGCGUUCGUUUCCCCCGUCUGUUUCAACCAGGUCUGCCAGCAGGACGCCGACCGCGCCUUCCUGUUGGCAGUGGCGGUGCCGCUGCUGGCGGCGGCAGCGGUGGUGUCGUACUUGAUGCGCUCCCCGCCGGCGGAACUUACGGACAGCGGCCGCGUGUUUGAGGACCCCAGUACGGGGACGCGCUUCGAGGCACCUGAGGGUGUGGUUCCGGAGCGAGAUAAGAAUGGCGAGUUGGCUUUCCGCCCCAUCAGCUACACCCCCUGGCCGGUGGAUGAGGGAGUGGAGGGGGAGCGGGUGCGCCUCGCGGUGGGGCCCGUGGGUUCCAGACAGCUCAGGACAUAUGUCUUCGCCCGUGUUCUGCCAGUCCCGUCCGACAUCCUCACCGUCACGUUGCCGCGGCCGUUGGGUGUCGUACUGGAGUACGAGGAACGGUUUCGGAGGGCGACUGUCGUAGACCUGAUUGAGGGCACCUACGCCGACCAAAGGCGGAAGAAAGCCGCGCUCAAUUCCGAUCUCGUCAAGGAUGCCGUACUUCCCGGGGACGUACUGCGCGCCGUGACGGCGACCAACUUUGUGUACCCCACCCGGGCGCUGUUCGGGGCAGCUCCGCCGGAACGGCACAUUCAUUAUUGUCUCCGAUUGUUUUUAAUUACUCAGGUUGUGUACGGCGCUGACAAGCAGAGCUGGUCGUCCAUCUGUGGCGCACUGAAGCGGGGCGAGGCCAGGGAUGGUGACGUCACUCUGGUUCUGGAGCGCCGCCGACCCCGACCCCCGAAGGAGCCUAGAGACGGUUCGGCGCUGGACAUAUUCGCAUGA